AUGGCGAUCUCCAAGAGCACCCAGCCCUCGCCGGUGGCCAUCUUCCUCUCAGGGGCGGCCUCAGCGACUGCGCUGCUCGUCUUCUUCUACACCGCCACCGCAGGCCCCGCGUGGCCCACGGCGACGACGGAGUUCACCCCUCAGGGAAGCCACGCGGUGGCUCGGCCGGCUUCCGCGCCGGCGACGAAGGCUUCUUCUCCUACCAAUGCGACGGGCGGCGGCGACGACGCGUUCGCGCGGAUGCUGCGGCGGGCGGCGAUGGAGGACCGGACGGUGAUCAUGACGUCGGUGAACGAGGCGUGGGCGGCGGAGGGGUCGCUGCUGGACUCCUUCCUCGAGAGCUUCCGCGUGGGGCUCAACAUCUCGCACCUGGUGAAGCACAUCGUGGUGGUGGCCAUGGACGAGGGCGCGCUCCGCCGGUGCCGCGCCGUGCACCCGCACUGCCACCUGCUGCUCCCGGACGUCCACGGCCUCGACCUCUCCGGCGCCAAGAGCUACAUGACCAAGGAGUACCUCGACCUCGUCUGGAGCAAGCUCCGGCUCCAGCACCGCGUCCUCCUCCUCGGCUACAACCUCCUCUUCACGGACGUGGACGUGGCGUGGUUCCGGGACCCGCGGGUGCACAUCACGGCGGCGGCGGACAUCACGACGUCGAGCGACUUCUACUUCGGCGACCCGGACGACCUGGGCAACUACCCCAACACGGGCUUCAUCUACUUCAAGGCCACGGCCCGCAACGCGCGCGCCAUGGCUUACUGGCACGCCGCCAGGGCGCGCUUCCCGGAGAACCACGACCAGUUCGUCUUCAACGAGAUCAAGCGGGAGCUGGCGGCGCCGCCCAUCGGCGUCCGGAUCAGGUUCGUCGACAGCAAGCACGUCAGCGGCUUCUGCCAGCUCGGGCGCGACCUGAACCGGAUCGCCACCGUGCACAUGACCUGCUGCAUCGGCCUGGAGAACAAGCUGCACGACCUCCGGCGCGUCGUCGAGGACUGGAGGCGCUACGUGUCGCGCCCGGAGUGGGAGCGCCGGGCCGGCAAGAUCGGGUGGAGGUUCGAGGGAGGCAAGUGCAUACAUUGA